AUGGCAUUUAUAAAAGCAUUUAAACAAAUAGAUUUGGCUAAUGAGCAACGACCAAUAUUAUCAAUUCCACAAUAUAUUGAUUUUGCAUUAUAUGAACAAGCAUUGUUAACUGAUACAAAUAUAGAUUCAAAAAUGAACAAAGCACAUCAAUUAAGUAGUAAUGUUCUAGAACAUUCUUGUUUACCUUAUCAACAUAUUAUUAAUUUACAAGAUCAACAAAAUUAUCAAGUAUUACCUUCAACAUUAUUUCAAUAUGAAUCUUUAGUAUCGUCAGUAACAGCAAAAAAUAAUCAUGAAGUUGGUUCUAUUGAAGAAAAUUCUGUUCCUAUUAUUUAUUUUGAUCGAGAUCGAUCACAUGAUAAUGGUAUUGCAGCAUUUGAUCUUACUUUUACAAUAUCGCAUGAUUAUCAUGCACGAACUACAGAAUGUUUUCUUGAUUGUUCAAUUCAUAUAUUUACAAGCCAAACUAAUGUCCAUCUACUUGCAAAUCGUUUUCAGCAUAUGCUCAAACAACUUUUCUCGUCUUCUUCUUUAGUUAUUCAUGAACCAAUCUAUAGAUUAGCGAUUGUUCUUCCAGCUGAACAAGAAUUUAUUCAUCAAAUAAAUAAUACAAAUAUAUCUACAUCCUAUUCAUGGCCAAAUUCUGUUCAUGAAUGUUUUAUUCAACAAGCUCAAUUAUAUCCACAAAAAUUAGCAAUUGAACUUGAUGAACAAUCACUUACUUAUAGUAAAU